AUGGCGCAACGAACUGCGGACGUGGUCAUCAUCGGUGGCGCCGUCAUGGGAUCUUCCGUGGCCUGUCAUCUCGCUCAGCGGGAUGAUUUUCGCGGACACAUCAUCGUCGUUGAAGCCGAUCCGGUUUACGAAAUCUGCGCCUCCGCAAGAUCAGCCGCGUCGAUCCGCCAGCAGUUUUCAACUGCCGUCAAUAUCGAGAUUUCGCUCUACGGUAUCCGGUUCCUGCGAGAGAUCGGUGCAGCUUUGGCCGUUGAUGGCGACAGACCUGAUAUCGGACUGCAGGAAGGCGGCUACCUGUUUCUGGCUACGCCCGACAAGGCGGAAAUCCUUCAAAAGAAUCACCUCCUCCAACAGGAGUUGGGUGCCGACAUCGCGCUGCUCGAUACUGGCGAGCUCAGGUCGAAAUUUUCCUGGCUUUCCGUUUCGGAUCUCGAGGCCGGUUGCCAUGGUCUUACGGGUGAGGGCUGGUUCGACGGAUACGGGCUGAUGCAGGCCUUUCGCAGGAAGGCACGAUCCCUCGGGGUGGAAUAUGUUUCGGCUCGCGGAACGGUCGAAAACAAUCCGGAAGCCGGCUGGUCCGUUCUGUUGUCUUCCGGUGAGCGGAUUUCAACACCAGUGCUCGUCAAUUGUGCGGGAGCCUCUGGUGGAACGGAGAUCUGUGCGCAGGCCGGCCUGGAUGUUCCGGUUGUUCCGCGCAAACGCUGCGUCUUUACCUUUGACUGCAAGGAACCGCUCGAGAACUUUCCCUUGUUGAUCGAUCCGACCGGAACUUACGUGCGUCCUGAAGGUCCGGGCUACAUCUGCGGAUCGGCUCCACCGGCAGACCGGGACCCGGACUGCACGGACCUGGAUGUCGACUACACUCUCUUCGAAGAUCAUAUCUGGCCAAUGCUUGCCGCACGCGUUCCCGCCUUCGAAGCGAUCAGGCCCGGUGCCGCCUGGGCCGGAACCUAUGACAUGAACCUCUUCGAUCACAACGCCUUUGUCGGCAGUGUUCCUGGAAUGGAGGGUUUCUUUGUUGCGCUCGGAUUUUCGGGCCACGGCCUGCAACAAGCCCCUGCCGUCGGGCGGGGCCUUGCCGAACUGAUUUCAACCGGGGCAUACCAGACGCUGGACCUGGAACCGCUCUCCAUCCGGCGCCAGACGGAAAACGCCCCCAUAUCUGAGAAGAAUGUCGUUUAG